UGCUUAGUCAUUUCACUACCAUUUUGCGAUAAUUAACAAAGAAGGUUUGGAGCCAACGUGCGCAAAAGUAACGGAAUAUUUUUAGAAUACGAAAAAUUCGAAAGCAACCAUUGCGUUUUGAUGACAGUGCUUUUCUAGAGUGUCAACAUGGCGGGUGCUAUGUGUUUUGAGCGGUCUCAGGCCCACAGCAGUAGAGAUAAAGAUUUACAUUUGUUAAAAAAACUGGAUGAAGAUAACGAUAAAAAUGAAGACGAACAAAUCAAGACUAAAGAACAGGACAUCCUCAAUCUUGGCGAAAAGUAUAAGAAAGAGGGUAAGGCCAAAGAACUCGCGGACCUCAUAAAAGCAACGAGGCCCUUCUUGAGCAUGAUAAGUAAGGCAAAAGCUGCAAAGUUAGUUAGGUCUUUGGUAGAUUUCUUCUUGGAUCUCGAAGCAGGAAUUGGAAUCGAAGUACAGUUGUGCAAGGAGUGUAUAGAAUGGGCAAAAGAAGAAAGAAGAACUUUCCUCCGACAGUCAUUGGAAGCAAGAUUAGUAGCUUUAUAUUUCGACACGGGUAUGUACCCAGAAGCUCUGCAGUUAGGCUCCACAUUAUUAAAAGAACUGAAAAAAUUGGAUGAUAAAAAUCUGUUGGUUGAAGUGCAACUUCUAGAAAGUAAGACAUACCAUGCUCUUAGUAAUCUUCCUAAAGCCCGGGCAGCUCUUACGUCUGCCCGGACCACGGCCAAUGCUAUCUAUUGCCCUCCAAAAAUGCAGGCUGCAUUGGAUUUACAGUCAGGAAUUCUACAUGCAGCAGACGAAAGAGAUUUUAAAACAGCUUACUCAUAUUUUUAUGAAGCAUUUGAAGGAUUUGAUAGUGUGGAAUCCCCCAAAGCCCUGACGGCACUCAAGUACAUGUUAUUGUCAAAAAUAAUGCUUAAUAACCCUGAAGAUGUACAACAGAUUGUCAGUGGUAAAUUGGCAAUUAAAUAUGCUGGCAAAGAUGUUGACGCAAUGAAAGCUGUUGCACAAGCCUCACAUAAAAGAUCUUUAGCUGAUUUUCAACUUGCUGUUAAACAGUUCAAGCAUGAGCUAGAAGAUGAUGUCAUUGUAAGAGCACAUCUUGGCACUUUGUAUGACAACAUGUUGGAGCAGAAUUUAUGCAGAAUAAUUGAACCGUACUCAAGGGUAGAAGUUGACUACAUUGCCAAGAGCAUAAAACUACCCAUGCCACAAGUGGAGAAGAAAUUGUCACAGAUGAUUCUUGAUGCAAAAUUCAAGGGAAUUUUGGAUCAAGGGGAAGGAGUCCUAAUGGUUUUUGAAGACACCCCUGUAGACAAAACAUAUGAAAUGGCUUUAGAAACAAUACAGAGUAUGAGCAGAGUGGUAGAUACAUUAUAUCAAAAAGCAAAGAAAUUGUCUUAGGCAUUAUUUUUUGGUUUAACAUUUAAUUAUAAUUAUUGAAAAUCGACUGUCUGUGUACUUUAAAAUACAAGUCAUUUUAAUAUACUUACAAUUUUUUGCCAUCCUA